GUGCCACCGCUGGCAACUACUCAAGGAUGCGAGAGACUGGGUGGUUGCUAUCAGUGCACUCGGGCGUGCUGGGCUUUGGGAGCAGGCAUUGGACACACUAGAGGCCAUGAGACAAGAACGCCUGGUUGCGGUGCAUGCCUUCAAUGCAACUAUGUCUGCCUUGGAGAAAGGUCGCCGAUGGCCAGCGGCCAUUCAGCUUUAUCGCGACAUCAAUCGAUAUGAGCUGCAGCCUGAUGUUGUCACCGGCAAUGCCUUGCUGUCUGCUUACGAUCGCGGGGGGCAUUGGCGCUAUGCCGUCGCUUUUAUCGACGAGAUGGGUAACGACAGACUUCGGCCGAAUGUUGUGACUUACAGCACAGUUAUCUCUUGCUGCGAGCGGGGCCGAGCAUGGCAGCAAGCACUGCAGGUAUUCUCCGAAAGCUGCGGUAUUGAUGGAGACACUGUGAUCUUCAAUGCAGCACUUAGUGCCUGUGAUCGAGGGUCUCUGUGGCUGAAGGCGUUGGAUAUCUUUGCAGAGAUGCAGAAGGCAGGACUGCGGCGAAAUCUGGCCACCUACGGAUCUCUUAUAAGUGCAUGUGGCAACGCUCUCCAGUGGCAGGCAUCCUUGCACUUCCUGGAGCAACUGCAGACAAACAAAUUGGAGCCUGGUCGGAUCGUGCUGAAUCUGUGCAUCAACGCUUGCCGCAAGGCCGAGCAGCUGCAUGCAGCACUGGCUAUUUUCAGGGAAAUGCUCAAAAGGUCAGAGGAACCUGAUGUUUUCUGCUACACCUCCAUGAUCUCUGCAUGUGGUCCGAGUGCUCUCUGGCAGUUGGCCACCUACCUGCAUCAGGAGAAGCUAUCGUCGGCUUCGGACGUAGCUUCCUUCAAUGCUACAAUCGGCGUCUGUCGAGACGCCAGCCGAUGGCAAGAGGCGCAGAGGAUCUUCUCCGACCUGUGCCAGAGGAAUUUCCUGCCAACACUGCCCACCUAUAAGGCAGUUAUCGGAGCUUGCGCAUAUGCCCAGCUUUGGGCGCAUGCGCUGGAGCAUUUGCGAGAGCUCAAACAGACACAGGAUGCUCCUGAUGCUCCCUGCAGUGAUGUGAUCAUACAGUACGGGAUCGUGUCAAGGGCAUCUGCUGAGGCUGGGAGGAAGGACAUCGAGCAAGCGCUGCUGAAUGAGGCGCGGAGGGGCCAAAGGGGGCUGUCUGUGCCUCUUUUCCUUUCCUCCUCCGCCUUUGCUUCUGAAUGGUUGAGUGUUCUUCACUGGGAAACGGCUCUUUCCUUCUUUGAGGCAGACGUCCGGAUGCCACUCCGAACGUUACAGAUGAUUGUGGCCAUCGUGGAUGUAUUGCUGACAGCAGGAUCCAUGGACGCUAGAUUUGCACCAACUUGGUCCUUGUUCUCCUGCAGUGGCUGUGGCUGCUGUUA